AUGGGGGACACCAGCGAGCGCAGCAAGACCUCCACACUCCCGCCCCGCUGCCCGUGUGGGUUCUGGGGGUCCAGUAAAACCAUGAACCUGUGCUCCAAAUGCUUCGCGGACAUCCAGAAGAAGCAGCCGGGGGAGGAGUGCAGCUCGAUGCCCCUGCAGAGCUCCAGCAGUGGGGCCUCGGUGUUCAGCUCGGAGCCCAGUCCCUCCGGUCCCCCAAGCCCGGCCCCCAGCCCCGGCCCCCUCAGUACCCCUUGCAUCAGCAGCACCACGCAGACCUCUUUGCAGACCUCUUUGCAGACCUCCACGCAGACCUCUUCACUGCCUGACUCCUCCGAGGACUCGGCCACAGAGACGCUCAGCUCCAGGGAAGGAGCCUCCUCCAUAGACACCGCUCAGGGAACACUCUGCUCCCCCAGCAAACGUCCUCGAGAGUCGGCCAUAGACACAGACAUUGAGGCCACCCCAGAGAAGCGUUCCAGAGAGGAGGAGAAGGAGGAGUCUGAGGGCACCUCCACACCGCGGCAGAAGAACCGCAGGCGCUGCUUCCGCUGUCAGACCAAACUGGAGCUGGUGCAGCAGGAGCUGGGCUCCUGUCGCUGUGGUUAUGUGUUCUGCAUGCUGCACCGUCUGCCUGAGCAGCACGACUGCCUGUUUGACCACCUGGGCAGAGGCCGUGAGGAGGCAGUGAUGAAGAUGGUCAAACUGGAUCGUAAAGUGGGCCGGUCGUGCCAGCGCAUCGGCGAGGAGUGCUCCUGA